UACGUUCCUGCUCUCGUGGUUCCACUAUCAAACUGUGCGAUUACACUACCGGCUCGUUCAGUUCAGAUGUUUGGCUGUGAAACCACUUAAAAGUAGACUGAAUUACACUCUGCCCACAAACUCAGAAGGUUAUCAAUCCAAAACCCAGUUACACAGAAUGUCUCACUGUCUACGGAUAGUUUAGAUUUAUGCGCUUGCACAUACUUCCGCCUUUCUUCUUCUUACGUACUGUCCUUCCGACUUGCAAUGUAACGAAAGUUGGUGUUUCUGCAGGCAUGCAGUCAUUAAGUACAUUUCGAACGAUCUGUAAAACAUUCUCUACGUGAUUAAAGUGAUCUUUCAUGAAAAUUACCAAAGUGAAACUUUGAACUUUUAAGCUUUUCUGCGCACGUUUGUGAAAUUCGGCAAGUGAUUUUGCUAGUUAUUGUGACUUUUCCUUGAAGUGCAUUGAGUGAAUCAAGUACAUAUGAUAGAAUCUGGUGUUGAAAAUACUUGGUUGGAUUUAUUAUUAAACAAAAUAACCUGUUUCAACGGCAGUCGGCACCUAAAAUUCGCCGAGAAUUUUGCUUUUUGUCUGUCCGAAGAAAUAAUGUUAACUCCGGUUUCUUUUUAAGGUUCUGGUAAACAGCUGAGACAACUGGCGUGUAUCCCAAAACUACGUCAAAAUGGAACUCAUUUCAAUCGACGAGGAGUUGAAGAAAAACCCGAAACUGACGCUGGAGGACAUAAAAUCUUUGAGAGAUUGGAUUGAGCAAGAAGGGACUGCGCCCAGGACAAUAUCAGAUGUGCAGUUAGCUCUGUUCUUACAUUGCUGCGAUUACGAUUUAGAUACAACGAAGAAAAUCAUCAAACUUAAUUACAGAUGGCGCGCUGAGCAGCCAGACUACUUCACAAAGCGAAAUUUUCAAUUAGACACCCGACUUGUGCAAACCUUGGAUGUCAUAAGUUACAUGAUUUCACCGAAUCGAUCCAGCUCAGGCGAGCUAAUUCUGUUGGUCCGAGUCCACGACAAUAUAGACAUGAAAAAUUUUGACUUUCUGGGGGUAGUAAAACUGUUCUUCAUGUUCAUGGAUAUGGCACUUGUGCAUUACGGGACCAGUAACGGCGUCGUUAUCAUCUACGACUGUGAACCACUUAACUUCUCCAUCGUCCGCCGAGUGCAAGUUGGAGCGCUUAGAACACUUUUCUUCUAUAUCCAGGAGGCUGUUUCCUUCAAAGUGAAUGCAAUUCACUUUUUGAAUAUUAAUGGAGCUUUCAACUUUCUAUUUGAUUUAUUUAAACCACUUGUCAUCGCUAGUUUAAGAAAUAAACUACACUUACACAGACCAGGAUCGACAACCCUUUACGAUCAUUUAACCCCUAACUUAGUGCCUAAACAAUUCGGUGGAGAAGAUGAGUCAACUCUCGAACAGAUGCAAGAGAAAAGCAAGGAGCUUCUUAAAACAUUUGAGCCUUGGUUUAAACAAGAAGAGGAAUCACUUGUGACGUUCAUGCAAGGUUUGAAGUUAGAAAAACAGCAAAGUGGCGGUUGGUUUUUUUAGACGGUUAAACUUUAAUUGGAAGAUCCCUCCUUCGGGUCUUUGAUCUCAACGACAACCCUUAAUGAAAGAGAGAAACCUCAAGAGAGGAAUACCUGAUAAAAUUGUCAGACCAUGGAGUCAGAAUGUAACAUGACACUACACUGCUCUGCACGUAAUGCAGAAUACCAAAUUAAGAGUAUAUCUCUUUCAUCUUGAACGAAGAAAUUGAAAAGUUAUGCAUUCAAUUCUUUCUCUACCUCAAUAGGGCUUCGUCUCCACGUAAUGUUUUCAUGCGAUUUGUACGGGGGAAAGUUUCUCUUGCAAAGUUGGGACAAAUAUUGACUGACUCAAUAUUAAUUGCAAUGUCAGGUAAGAUCCAUAUACUACUUGGAGACAUCAAAGACCAACUGAGAGCUGGAGAGGUGAAAGCAAAUCGUGCAAUAAUUUGUUGUUUAGUCAAUUGCUCGUUUCUCCUUUAUUCAAAUAAUUUGCUCGAUCGUUGAUUGGGUUAAAUUAUUAUUUUAAUGCCAUUUAAAUACUUGAUUUUUACUAAAACUUCCUGAGCUAGCUUAUUGCAGGAACUAGAGAGCCUUGUCCUGUGGAGACAGUUACUGUGAAAAAUCUUCUAAGUUUCAUUCCAAUGAUUCAACUCUGGGACAAAUCUCAUGAAAACGUCCCAAUGAGACGAGGCCUAAGCAUUUACAGUUCUUAGAGGACCACAAGACAAGGCGCUAAUUUGGACACUUUGAUACAUGUUUUCUCUUCAAAACUUCACGCAGAACAGAAAAAAGACGAAAGUAAUAAUAAUAAAAAAAUUAAAAUUGUAUUUAUGUAGAAAA